AUGGCGCACAGUAAUGCAAGAAGUCCAGCCUCUUCCCCGCGAAGUUCAGGACCUCAGUCUCCAGGCAGUGCUGAGGCCUCUUCGACAUUGCUAUCAGCAGUAGCGGCUGAUGAUUUUGAUGAGUAUGAAGAUGAUGGAGAUUCGGCAUUUGGAAGUGCUAGAUCUGAUUUGACCGACACUGCAUCAUUGACUUCGAGCAUUUUGAAAUUUCGAGAGAGAAAUGGAAGAACAUAUCAUGCGUUCGACAUAAGUCAUCAUUUCUGGAGUCUGAUGCUGAAGGGAGAAUUAUUCUUGGCUCCAGUCAUCAACCCUCAACGUAUACUUGAUGUAGGGACUGGUACGGGCAUGUGGGCAAUUGAUGUAGCAGAAAAGUAUCCAGAAGCCGACGUCAAAGGAGUCGACGUCUCGCCAAUUCAACCCAUCUGGGGCCCGCCGAAUUGCAGAUUUGAAUUAGACGACUUCAACUUAGAAUGGCAAGACCAAAAUAAGUUCGACUUGAUCCACGCAAGAGAAUUACUUGGCUCUGUUCCAGACUGGCCGGUGUUCUAUGGCGAGGCGUUCAAAGCUCUGAAGCCAGGCGGCUGGAUAGAUUGUUCAGAGCCAGGCUUGUACUUUGAGUCUUUCUAUGGCACACUCGACGAUGACCAUCCUUACAAGCUCUGGGGUACAGCGAUGCUCGAAGCAGGAAAUAAUGCAGGAAUGAGUUUCGACGUUGGGCCAUACAUCAAGGAACGCCUUGAAAGUGCUGGUUUCAUCAACGUCGUGGAGAAAAAGGUUUGCUGCACGAUAGGGAAAUGGUCUAAAGAUCCGUGGGAGAGAGAAGUCGGACUGUGGGAGCAACUUCGUCUGGAGAAAGGAGUUCAGGACUUCUGUGAAAGAAGAUUUAUAAACAAUUUGGGAUGGCGAGCUGAGGAGGUUCAAGUAUUUGGCGCUCAGAUGAGAAACGCAGUGAAGGAUAACAGGCUGCUUGCUCAUCACUGGUUCUUCUUCGUGUAUGGCCAGAAGCCGCUAGACAUAUAG